AGAGGCACCACCUCACACACAGCGUACUAGGCCACCUCGCCUUCAUUCCGCUCCUCUGCCUCUCCCCCUUCGCCCUCGCGCCAAUGGCGUCGAUCGCGCGCAAGCUUCCCGUCCUCCCGCUGCUCGUCUCGCCGCGCAUCAUUGUCCCCGCCGCUGCUCGUCGCGCCUCUCCCUGCCGCGCCCCCUCCAUUCCCCUCGCGUACCUCCCUCCGCUCUCCGCCUCCCUCCCGCGUGCCCCUCCGCCUCCCCGCGUCUUUCAUUCCGCGCGCCUCGCAUCCCCAUCGCAGCUGUCGCCGCCGUCCCGCCGCUCUCCGCCUCUGCGGGGCGACGGCUCAUGGCGGCGAGCGCAGCGGCGGGCGGCGGAGGGGCGGGGGCGCGGUGGGCGGAGGAGGAGUGGGAUCGCGAGGUGCUGGUGCAGCACGUGGUGGUGGGCGCGGACCAGCUGCAGCUGCUGCUGGAGCUGCAGCGCCGCAUCAUCAGCGAGGGCGUGGAUCUGAGCGACGUGGCGGCGGAGCACUCGCUGUGCGCGUCGAGGGAGAAGGGCGGCAUGGUGGGGUGGAUCACACGGGGCACCACUGAGCCGGAGUUUGAGGAGGCGGCCUUCAAGGCGAAGCCGGGGGAUGUGGUGCGGUGCAAGACCAAGCACGGCUGGCACCUGCUGCAGGUGCUGGGGGACAGGCACGCGGCGGUGUUGGACCAGGUGACGGUGGAGGAGUUUGCGCGGCGCCUGCAGGAGCAGUACGUGCUGGCGGCGCCGCAUGAGGGCAGUGCAGAGGGCGAGGGGCGGUCGCUGGAGGCAGAGUUGGCAGAGGCAGAGGCGGAGAGUGGAGGCAGGCGGGCCGUGCAGCUGGUGGACGUACGGGAGCCCAGGGAAGUCGAGCUUGCAGCCAUCCCCGGGUUCACAGUGCUGCCUCUGAGCCAGUUCGGGCAGUGGGGGCCCACCGUCGCUGACACGCUGGACCCACACACCGACACCUACCUGCUGUGUCAUCACGGCAUUCGAUCGCAGCAGAUGGCGGAGUGGCUCAAGUCUCAGGGCUUCACGCGGCUCUACAACAUCGCUGGUGGCAUCGAUGCAUACUCGCUCAGGGUUGACCCCUCCAUCCCCCGCUACUAGCACUCUCAUGGUUGACCCCUCCAUCCCCCGCUACUAGCACUCUCAUGGUUGACCCCUCCAUCCCCCGCUACUAGCACUCUCAUGGUUGACCCCUCCAUCCCCCGCUACUAGCACUCUCAUGGUUGACCCCUC